AUGCAUCUUUGUCGCCAUUCCUUGACUUAUCACUUUAUAGCCUGGAUCACAAUGAAUGGGUUGACAUCAGUCAAAGAUAUGAGGAAGUGUUUGACGAGGACAGUUACGAUCGCAUACGACAAUGGGAGAAACUCAAAUAUGGGAUCAUACCGACACAACAGAAGG